AUGCGUCUGCCGACCUCCAUCGUCUUCCUGUUUGUCUUAUUCGUUGCGGUCUUCGCCCUGCCACCAGUGCAGAAACCCGUUGUGGUAUCAUUCCCAGACAACACUCCAUCAUCAAUCAUCGACAAGGCUAUCGCAGAGAUCGAGAAGGACGGGGGAAUCAUAACGCAUGAGUAUUCCUUGAUCAAAGGUUUCGCAGCCAAAGUUUCUGAAGUCACGCUCGACAAAAUCAGCGCACUGGCCGAAGCGUACGCGCCGUAUAUCGAGGAUGACUACGUGGUCAAAAUUGACGGCUCGACAAGUGCCGCUCAAUAA